AGUUUGGUAGUACUUCGCUUCCUUGUUAUCUUCAACCAUGGUUUGACUUAUCUUCCUCUAUUAUUGCUACCUUUAGUCUAUUAUUGCUACCACACUUUCUAUUGCUGCUUUUUGUGAAGUCUUUAAUUAAUAACUUUUUCGGGACUUACUUCAGAUUGAAGGCAAAGAAUUUACUUAAGCUACGGGAGUAGAUCAACAAAAACAAAAUGGCGCUGGCGACUACAUUUCAGAAGGAAGAGGAACCGACGAAAGCAGAGAUCCAGACUCUGUGCCCCGUCAAAUUGGGGAAAAUUCUGGUCGGCAAGACAAUGGAUAUGCUUGUCGACUACCACGCGCCUCUGCACCUGUAUACCGGAGAGUACAAGGACAAGACUUCGGGAACAAGCCAGGAGCAGAAGAAACAAGUGAAAGGGGAGAUGCUGGCUGUUAAGGGUUUCCAAAUUCUAUCACGCGCUACCAUCUUUGAGCCUUUUCCUAGUGGGAAAGAAAUUAAGGAUGUUCUGGCGACUGAUAUAAUUCCGUAACCUCUAACAAUUCUUUGGUGGGCUCCCGUGUGAAGUGUGCGACAAACAAAAUCUAUCUGGAUCGCUGCCGCGGCCGUCUUGGCCAGCACUUCAAGGACAACAAGAGCGCCCUAAUGGCUAUCAAAGACAUCGAAAAGCAGACCGCCAAAGUGAGAGGAGUUCUGGAUCAGAUGAAGCAGAAUGUGGAUUGCGGAAAGUACGAGAUGCUGGACACGUCGUUCAUCGAUCUGGGAGUGGUUCACUGUGCGAUGGGCUUUGAUUAAGAGAAGACCAAAGACGGCCCUGCUGCUGUUUGUUUUGCUUGUCCUAAGGAAAAACGCAAAACAAACUGGAAGCAGAGACGUCAAGACCUUACCUCUAAGUUAGGGAGCAGAUGCCAAACCCCCGCAAGGUCAAUCCGUUUAAGAUUGAGGAGGGAUUUACUGCGUCGCAGGGUAUGCCAGGGUGCGAGAUGAUGUGAAACUCAUGCUAUUUGUCUGUGUGAUGAGUGAUUGUUCUAGUAUCUAAGGAGCCUACACCAGAACUGACUCAUAUGACGGGACGGCUUUGACAUUGACAAAACCUGCAUCACGCGGAUGCAAUGCACAAAAACCAAAUACAUGCUUUCGCCUCAAACUCAGUUUUUUCUGCGCCGGAAAGAGUGAAGAGCAAAGGCGACAAGACCAAGC